UCACGUCAUGUCAGUCCAGUCAGUUGCGAAUUGUCGAUCGUGGUUAGUGUAAUUUUUCGUUGAAAGAAAAUUGAUAAAUUUUUAUGAUGUGAUAUGAGUCUAUGAGAGUAAUGAGUUUCUAUAAUUGAUAUUGACACCUAUAAAAAUGAACGACGAAAAACAACCACUAUUAAUAGGACCAAACAGUCCCCUAGAUAAUAACGAGAUUCAAACACUAGAAUUAGCGACUGGACCUAUCCUUACUCCAAAGGACGAAAAGGUGAAAAAUGUGUACCAUCCUGCAUCUGAAAGGCACCUGGAACAUCCCACUUCGAAUUUCGAUACGAUGAUUCACCUACUUAAAGGGAAUAUUGGCACUGGUAUCUUAGCAAUGCCCGACGCCUUUAAAAAUGCGGGAUUAUAUUUUGGUGUUUUUGGUACAUUAUUUAUGGGAUUUAUUUGCACACAUUGCAUGCAUAUAUUAGUUCAGUGCGCAACCGAGCUUUGUGUAAGAAAUCAAAGACCGGCGAUGGGUUUUGCGGAAGUUGUUGAAGAUGCAUUUGCCAUGGGCCCAGUAGCACUACGACCGCACUCUCAAAGAAUGAAGAAUAUAGUAAAUAUAUUUUUGGUAAUAACACAAUUGGGAUUUUGUUGUGUUUACUUUUUGUUUGUUGCAACUAAUCUUCAAGAUACGUUAGAAAUAUUUCACAUCAACCUGAGCGUACAUACGUAUCUAGUGUUACUGUUUCCAUGUUUCUUGGCCUUGGCUAUGGUGAAGAACUUAAAGUACCUGACACCAGUUUCAUUGGUAGCUUCUAUAAUGACAGCUUGGGGUUUGAUAGUGACAUUUUAUUAUAUAUUGCAAAACUUACCGCACACCAAUACUGUGAAACCGUUUGCGAGCUGGCAUCAAUUACCUUUGUACUUUGGGACCGCUAUCUUUGCGUUUGAGGGCAUUGGAAUGGUAUUGCCUUUAGAGAAUAAUAUGAAAACACCAGAAGCAUUUGGAGGAUGGAAUGGCGUGCUCAAUACGGGCAUGGUGAUAGUUGCCGUGUUGUACGCAUCUAUUGGAUUCUUUGGAUACUUGAAGUAUGGCAAUCAUGUCCAUGGCAGUAUCACUUUAAACCUACCGGGCGAUUUGUUGGCUCAAAGUGUACGAGCCGUGAUGGCCUUUUCCAUUUUCCUGUCUUUCGGCUUACAGUUCUACGUGCCCAUGAAUAUUGUAUGGCCAUAUGUUAAAUCUAAAUUGACUUCAGAUUAUGCUCUGAAACACGGCGAAGCAGCGACAAGAGUCGUUAUGGUAUUUAUCACAUUUGUGUUGGCGGCAAUCAUUCCCAAUCUGAGUGGUAUCAUUUCCUUAGUGGGAGCGUUUAGCAGUUCCGCUUUGGCGAUUAUUUUUCCGCCAUUCAUCGAGAUCAUAACGUUUUGGCCAGACAGGCUCGGUAAAGAUGACUGGAAGCUAUGGAAAGAUGUAUUAAUUAUAGUAUUCGGUGUGUCCGGUUUUGCAUUCGGUACUUACGCAAGCAUAGAUAAUAUUCUACAAACCCCGUAAACCAAAGACAACUUAUACAGAUCUCUGAAACAGACAAAUUCUACAAUGACAAUAAUUUUAUUUAGUUUAUAAUAGAGAUUUUAUGCAUAGCUGGUAGGUGUAGAUUCAAUAUACUCAGAAUGUAUUUUUUAGUAGAACCCUUAUAAAAGUAUUACAA